AUGUUUCAGUUAGCUAAAACUGAUUUAAGGAAAUUCUGGGCUUUUCAAUUAAAUAAACCGAACAAUAUCCUGCUUUUGACUUUGGCUUUGACUUUGCAAUUUCAGCCAAUUGAUGAGGAGUUGUUGAUCCAUCGAGGGAGAGAUGAAAAGCAGUGUAACCAGCCUCCUCACUUGCCUCUACUUGCACAUCAUUCAUUGGUUCUGGGGCACUUUAAUAAAUCUGACCCUAUGGACAAAAUGAUACAGCAGGCUAAUCCACCGCAAACUGUAACCCGGUGGAUGGAUGCAUAUACUUUUCCAAGAGUUUGUAAUCGUACAGGACCCUUUGGAGGACUCAGUAGACAUUUCUCCUCCUUCUUCAAUAAUAGCGGUAUCACAAUCAUAACUACCCUUUACUUAAUAUCAUUAAUUUUGAGGUGUGUAAUAUUCCAAAGAGCUAAUUCGGUUGUCAUUUUUGAUGAGGAUAGACAUUAUGGUUUCAUUCCUCCUUGCCACCUUGUUCUUAAUUCAAUGCUGUCUGAGCAUCAAUAUGGUAUACAUUCAGCUGAAGGCAGAGUGCGAGCUCUACCAGUGUUUCCUGUGAUUCACCGCAGGUAUCCCCAAAGUGACUUUUGUCAAUCCUUUAAGUCUGCUGUUCCUUCUAUUGUCAAUGGGCACAUUGUCCAUAACUUGUCCGCGUUGAAGGUCAAAGGAGCAAUAUUUUCCUCUGAAUGUGUUCUUCAUCUUUAA